AUGAGUUUUACACCGUCAAGGGCCCAGUUCAAGAAGAACAGGACAUGUGUGGAGUUACCACCCAACAUUCAUUCAAGUGGUAUUUGGCCGGGAAAGCCUAGAGAAACAACUAUUGCUAAUGAGUUUGAUACCACGGGUGCUACAUUACCAAUGCUCGAAAUGAAAAUGGUCAUGACCUUCUUAGUCACCCAGCUCUUCCAACUCAUUCUUGGUUCAUUUGGCCUCCCAUUAUUUGUCUCUCAAAUGCUAGCAGGAUUCUUGCUUGGUCCAGCGGUGAUCGGCAGAAUUCAAUUUUUCGAAAACUGGUACAAUGACUGGAUAAUGUCCUUGGCAAGUCAGGACGUACUUGGCACUCUCACAAUGUUUGGCUACUCGAUGUUCUUGUUUCUGGCAGCAGUGAAGAUGGAUGCAAGUCUAUUAUUGAAGACUGGGAGAAAAGCAUUUUACACUGGCAUUUUCUCCUUGAUGGUGCCCCUAAUUGUUGGCUUUUCCACAGUGAAUUUGUUGGACUAUCAGAAGGGAAAAAACAAUUUGAAAGAGGAAAACGGAGUGCCAUAUGGAAUCAAAUUCCUGAUAUUAUCAAUAUCUCGGACAUCAUUUUCUGUGAUAGUUUCCCUCCUUGGCCAACUCCUCAUCCUUACUUCCGAACUCGGACGAUUAGGAUUGUCAGCAGCUCUAGUCUGCGACAUGCUAACCUUGACUCUCAUAACAAUUGCGAGAGCGUUACCAACCAGCAAGAAAGGUGUGGAAAAGUUUCCCUACAAGCAAGACAAUUUAAGUUUCCCUCUUAUUAACUUAGGAUAUUGUCUUGCUUGUGUGCUCGUGGUCCGACCGGCUAUGAAUUGGCUCAUCAGACAGACACCUAAAGGCAAGCCUGUAAACAAUGGCUACAUCUUUGGCGUCGUCUUGCUGGCCUUGGUUUCCGGAGCUCCCAAACAGCUUGUUAUAUACGGACCUUUCUUUCUCGGCUUAGUUGUACCAAGUGGACCUCCUCUCGGGUCGACCCUGGUUCAGAAAUACGACUUCAUGGUCUCCCGCGUGUUCAUGCCACUCUUUGUCACCAAUUGUGUGCUUAUGUCAGAUCUUAGAGAACUUCGCUUCGAUGCUAAUUUACUGGUUUUGUUGGUAAUAACUAUGUUGGCCAAAUUCUUGGGUUCUUUGGCACCAGCAAUCUGCUGUAGAAUUCCCAUCAAGGAUGCUUUCGCCCUCGCUUUCAUAAUGAGUUGCAAAGGUGCCGUCGAAAUCGGUGGUUAUUUCAUGAUCUAUGAUGGCCAGAAUAUCACCGACGGGGUUUAUGCCUUGGCGAUGUUGAUGAUCCUCUUUGCCCACCUCAUCGUGGCAUAUGCCGUGAAGCACCUGUACAAGAAAUCGACUAGGUACGCAGGGUAUGAGCAGAGAAAUGUACUAGGCAUUAGACCUAACUCGGAGCUCAAGAUUCUUUCAUGCAUCCACAAACAAGACAACGUGCCAGCUGUCAUCAACUUAUUGGAUGUGGCUUGCCCUACCGGAGAAAACCCUAUUGAUCUCAACGUCCUCCACCUGAUAGAGAUGACCGGCCAAGACGCCCCCAUGCUCAUUUCCCACCGCAUGCAAAAGAAGACGACAAUGUCCAGCAGCUUCGACUCCGAGGACGUCCUCGUUUCUUUGCUCAAAUUCGAGGGGGAGUACGGUGCCGCCGUUGAGGUCCACCCCUUCACGGCGGUCUGGCCGUCAAAAUGGAUGUACGAACAGAUAUGUACCCUUGCCCUAGACAGGCUCACACAUCUCAUCAUACUCCCCUUCCACCGCCUUUGGACGGUGGACGGCGCUGUUAAAUCGGAGGACGAAACCGUCAGAAACAUAAACAUUAGUGUUCUAGACGAAUCGCCUUGUUCGGUGGGAGUUCUAGUCAACCGAGGCCCGCUCCGGCAAAACCACAAACGAGAAGAUUGGCAAGCACAGUUCAAUGUUGCGUUGAUUUUCUUAGGUGGUGAAGAUGAUAGAGAAACAUUGGCUUUGACGGGAAGGAUGACCGGCGACCCGAGCAUCAUCCUAACCGUGUUUCAUAUCAAGCCCCCCACAGAGCCUGAAAUUGGGCCAGGGCUUGACUGGGACAGUGUUCUGGACUUUGAGAGUUUGAGGAAGUUCAGGCUAAACAACACCGGCAACGGCCGUUACGUGAUUUACAGGGAAGCGGUUUCUGAAAGUGGGGAACAAACCUUGGACAUGUUGAGGGAGAUUGUGCACAAGUAUGACCUUUUCGUGGUCGGGAGGAGGAAAAAGGUUAAGGAUAGUACUCCUCAGACUUCAGGGCUUGAUGAUUGGAGUGAGUACUCAGAGCUUGGGAUUAUAGGCGACUUGCUCGCAUCAGAUGAUUUGGGUUGCAGAUCUUCUAUCUUAGUGGUGCAGAGCCAAUAA